AUGGGAGGUCUCGGCGCUUUCGGAAUCCUGCUGGGUUUCGCCUUGGUGUUGGGGGCUUCUGCUUCAAAUGUCACAGCCAGGGUGAAAAUUACUAUGCGUUUAACCGAUGUGGAGUACACAGCCGACCUGGAGACGAAAACCAAACAGGCUUAUAAGGACCUCGAGUCAGACCUUCAGACCAAGCUCAAGACGGGCUUGGCAAGCGAGAUGUCGAUCAGUGAGAGCGAGAUUGACAUUAUCAUCAACUCCUUUUCCAGCGGGUCUGUCAUCGUCAACGCCACAGUAGAACUCUCCUCCGAUACGAACGCUACUGCCGCCGAGAAAGCAGUCGAGGACGGCCUGAAAGCGGUCACCGAGAACAGCACCGCCUUCGGGUACCAGGUGGAAGCCGAUAGCAUUUCGACCCAGGGUGUGACCGUCGACCCUACCGAGACCACCACUCAAACUGCUGACACCAAUACACAAGCCAACGGAGCAGAUGGAGGCACAACCACCCAGCCUACUGAAACGGACUCCGAUGGAGGAACUACCACUCAGGCCUCUGCCAAUGCCGGUAAGGGGCACCGAACGCAACCAGUGUUGGCUUUAUCAAAACACAUUCUGGACAAACAGAUAUUUUACACUUCCAGCGAUAUCUCGGCUCGUAGCACCUUGUGA